GUCUUCGGUCCCCAACCCGUUGCCGCCACUUCGGCCGCUAUUUAAACUUGGCCCCGGGGACCCAUGCAUCGGCAUCCACUGACUGGUAUUUCUCCCCCGCUAAGGGGCUCUCUUCUUGAAUUGUUUGUCCUUCCAGCCAAAGACUCCUUACCUCCCCCAGACACGGCAUUCUUCCAACAAGGCUAAAUCAUGUCUACCCCCCCGCCCGACGCGCCCACGGUACCAGCGGCGCCCGUGCAGCCCGCCGAGUCCUCCGAGUCCAUCGAGUCCGCCGGGCCGCAGCAACAUGGCCUCGAACUGGUGGCCGAUGUAUAUGACGAGGUUGAUUCGGCACUCUCCGUGCCCUUGUCAGAAACUUUGACUUCGCUGCGAUCCAGCAUCAUGAACCACCACAGGGAAAAUGGACGCACUUACCAUGCCAUGAGCGCCGGAAAAUAUCUCUUUCCCAAUGAUGAUGCUGAGAUCGAGAGACUAGACUUGCAACAUCACAUCUUCCGGCUGAUGUUCGACGACUACCUCUGCGCAUGCCCAAAGAAGGAUGGGGCCAACAGGGUCCUCGACCUUGGCGCGGGGACGGGGAUAUGGUGUAUAGAUUACGCGGAUCAGCAUCCUGGAGCAGAGGUCAUAGGCGUAGACCUGAGUCCUAUCCAGCCGAACCUCGUGCCGCCAAACUGCACCUUUGAGGUUGACGACCUCGAGAAGGACUGGAUGUGGACCAAGAAGUUUGAUUUCAUCAUAGGCCGCAUGGUGAAUGGCAGCUUCAGCGACCCCAAGGCCAUCGUGGAAAAGGCAUACAACCAACUCGAGCCCGGCGGCUACUUUGAGGUCGAGGACAUGGCCUGCCCCAUCGGUUGCGAUGACGGCACAUUCACAAAGGAGUCAGGUCUGUGGAUUUGGGUCACGACGCUGAUGAAAGCCAUGGACGCCGCCCAGCGCCCUCUAAAUGCUGCGCAACGGUGGAAAUCCUUGAUGGAGGAGGUCGGGUUCGAGGAUGUCGUCGAGACGGUGCACAAAUGGCCCAUCAAUACCUGGCCCCGGGACCCCAAGUACAAGACGCUCGGUAGGUGGUGCUUGCUCAACACGGACCAGGUCAUAGAGACCGCCAUCCUGGCGCCGGCGACGAGGUUUCUGGGCUGGGCUCCGGAAGAAGCGCAGGUCCUUGCGGCCAAGGCGAGGACGGCGAUCAGGGACCCUCGGGUGCACGCAUAUUGGCCCAUACACGUUGUUUAUGGCCGGAAACCGGGGGGGGAGUCCGCAAAGACUGCUUGAUGUUGUGGGCCGAGGCAUCACCAGACUGGGGCGGGGAACGGGGG